UGUGGCAGUGAACAGGUGCACCAGCAGGGUGGUGAAGUGUCAUCAGUAUCUGAGGUUUUGUUCAGGAUGCAAACCUUGGCGACUUUGUGCGCUUUUCUCUCACUCCUCUUCUCUGCUCAUGCAGACGUUGUGGAACAUUUUGAGGAUGAAGUAGAAUGCAUGAAGUAUUUCUAUAAAGAGAAGGUGCCAGGGUUGGGGGCUUCUACGCCUGGAGCUGCCCGUCUCUGUCAGCGCUUUGUCAACAGGUACCACUUUGCCACGCUGUAUGACACCAAUCAUCGCAUUGCUGUCUACUCCGCCUAUCUGUUUGAGCCCAGCUAUGGAGGAGGACGAGAGAAAAGGUGGUUUGUAGAGCCGCAGCUGGUUAACAUGACAUGGCAAGCAGAGAUGAAAGAUGGCUACUGGCUGGGGAAAGACCACCCUGGAGUCUACCUGGGAGAGAGACAGGCCCUGAAUGAGGAUUACACUCACUCUGGUUAUGAUCGUGGUCACCUCAACCCCAAUGGACACCAUGCAGUUCCUGGCCGUAACGCCACUUUCACGCUGACCAAUGUGAUUCCUCAAAAUCCAAAGCUGAACCAGAAUGCCUGGAGGAUCCAUGAGUCCCAGCUCACUGACCUCUUCAAGGAGAAGUGCUCCAAGACCUACGUGUUGGUUGGUGCCGUUCCCUCCACAGACAACUGGAUCAUCAAAAACAACGUGAAGCGGGUCAACAUCCCCGACUACAUAUGGAAUGCCUACUGCUGUGUGGACAACAACGACCAGCCCAUUGAGAGCGGCGCCGCUGCAGCCAGGAACACGGAGGAGAACCAGGUGGAGACGCUCACUUUGGAUGAAGUGGGAGAAUUCCUCCAGCAGUUCUCCAAUCAGCCUGUAGGGGAGCUGUUUCACAACAACUGCAGAGCAUAAAGAGAACAGAGGGAUUAUGAAAAUGAAAUUUCAGUGACAUUAGGUUAAAAUUUCAGAUUAGAUUUUUAUUACUAUGUAAUCUACCUUUUUAAAGAUUGGAGUCAGGUAAUUCAACACUGUUAAAAUCUGGUUCAUUUUACCAUUUAACAGGCUGAAGACUUAAAUGUGUAUUUCUUUGUUCUAUGAUGAAUUAAAAAAAUAUAUAAAAUAAACAGUACUGGUUAAACACUAA